AUGACCUCGUCUUGGCAUAAUGUGUCAUCUAUUGAUGUGGUUUAUCUACAUACUGCUCGCAUUCUGGUCAAAGAUUAUGUGACGCCUCAGCGGCAUCAUACCUCCGAAGUCCAGCCCGAUAUUCUAAAUUCCGGGACUCUCGGCUUCAUUUUUGGCCUUUUGGCUUAUUGGGAAUCGGUCAUGUCGUUCAUUCUUGAUCAAAAGCCAGAAGACCUUGGCUAUCUUCUGCUCUAUGAUGAUUACGACGAGCAUAACGGCUACCCAAAUCCUUGGACCGGGGUUUCGAACCAAAUAUUCAUAUACAUGGCACAUGUAGGUGCACUAUCUCGUCAGAGACUUAUGGGAGUGAAGUCCUCUAAGAUCUUUUCUUCCUCAUUUGCGCAUCACGAAGCACUUGCAACCCAACACAAGCAAGCAACGGAACUUGAGCAUCGAUUACUAAAUUUUGUUCCACGAGAGCGUAUCGGGGUUGUCGAUCCAGGUGAUGAGCGCACACCCUUGAAUCACCUGUUCCGUCUUGUCCAAAUCUACCGUUUAUCUGCUCUUUUACAAUUAUAUCUCUGCUAUCCUGAUCUAAUAAUCAAGAAGCAGGAGAUCACUCAGUUUGUAUCACUUUCAAUUUUACAAAAACCAGAAAUAUCCAAUGAUCCAAGCUGGGAUUUGAUAUUGUCUCUAGCGAUCAGCAUUCUCAACACUAUAGCAACUAUACCCGAAACAUCGCGUGUCAAUUCUUUCCUUACACUGCCCUUGCUUAUUGCGGGAAGCGCAUUGCAAUGUCAACGAAUUACAACUGAUACGGAAGGACUCUAUGCAGAGUUUGAAGCUGUGUCAUCUACCUCUCGCACGAUUGAAAGUGAGCUGAUCCUUUCAUUCACUGCCGACUAUAUGAUUCAGCACUGGCGGUCGUUCGUAAAAGACCGACUGGCGGUACUACACAAUCUUAUUGCACUUGCACCUAUCACCCGCGCACGUUUGAUUCUUGAAUUGGUCUGGGAGAAGUCAGACGCCAAAAGUCUUGAUCAAACAGCCGAAUAUCCUGGAUCACUGAAUGUGGUACAUUGGAUGGAAGUAAUGACGGAUGGUCACUUGGAGUCAUUGUUCGGAUGA